ACACAAGUGUUAUUACAAAUGCAGUCAAUAUGGAUUCCAAUGUUGGUCUCGACUACAUUGUGGAUAACGCCGACUACUGCGACAAACUUGCUUCCGCUUUGGAUACAGCUUGUCCAUCCGUGAAGAAGCAAGUCGUCGAGUUACUCUCGGCUCUCUGCGUUUACAGUCAAGAUGGACGACAACGUGCAAUCGACACUCUUCACAUUUACCAGGAGCACAAAGGCGUGCGCUACCGGCUUCUUCUCGUUGUCGACGAGUUGCGAAAAGCAACGGCCGAGGAUUACCAGACGGCGCUACUGGCAUUCAUCAACUGUCUAGUCAUUUCCGCACCGGUCCUCAAGGACCGCAUACGGAUCAGAAACGAGUUUAUCGGUCUCAAGCUUCUCCCAAUUCUCAACGAUCUUCGGAAGGAGAAGAGCCACGUGCCGGAUCUCAGGGUACAGUUGGACGUAUUCGACGACCAAAGGGACACGGACGAGGAGCUAUCGAAUCAAGGCCCACCCGGCAUCGAUCUAUCCUCACACGUCGAUGUCUUUUACGCCAUCCUUGGACAGGUCGCAGACACACCUCAAGAAAUUCCAUUCCUGAGCAUACUACAGCAUUUAUUGCGACUUGAUCCUAAAGAGGCGGCAAGCGAUCUUGCCUGGGAUACCGCCGAAACGUUGGUCCAUCGAGCCACAUUAUUAGAGAACCGAGAGGAUGCUACCAAGCUCUUGAGAUCACCGAGCUUACAGACGAAUCUAUGCUGCCACUGUCGAGGUACCGAUCAGACCUGCGGUGGCAGUCGCAAGUCCUCGGUGCCGACGACGACCUCCACAGCAACAACGAUGACAACGAAUGCGAGCCCCGUGCCACCUCCGCCCCCGCCGACUCUCAUACUGCCGCCUCCGCCCCCACCGCCGUUCCUUGUUGUUGGACCCCCGCCACCACCACCAAAUGCUCCUAUGGAAGUACCCCCGCCAUUGCCCCCACCACUCCAAACGCCGAUUCCCACUCGCGUUCCCACCCCGGAACCACCCAACAACAGCGCCAAACUCCUACCGCAACAGGAAAUACCCACCCCCAAGACCAAGAUGAAAACCAUCAACUGGAACAAGAUACCGAACCACAAGGUCAUUGGCAAAAGAAACAUUUGGUCUCUAGUUGCUAACGAGCAUCAAAAUUCGCCGAUGGCGGAUUUAGACUGGGCAGAAAUGGAAGGGCUUUUUUGUCAACAAGUGCCACCCAUGAUUCCAGUCAAUACUACAUAUUCCAACAAUUUUGGCAAUGGAGUGGAUACUGAUAGACGACGUCGUGAACCUAUGGAAAUUGCAUUACUUGAUGGCAAGAGGAGCUUAAACGUUAAUAUAUUUUUAAAGCAAUUCAGAAGUUCAAAUGAAGAUAUAAUUCAACUAAUCAAAGACGGUGGGCACGAUGAUAUUGGUGCUGAGAAACUAAGAGGCCUGCUAAAAAUCUUGCCGGAGGUCGACGAACUCGAAAUGCUUAAAAGCUUUGACGGUGAUAAGUCGAAGCUCGGAAACGCUGAGAAAUUCUUCUUACAGCUUAUUCAAGUACCAAAUUAUAAAUUACGCAUUGAAUGUAUGCUACUAAAGGAAGAAUUUGCAGCGAACAUGAGUUACCUUGAACCAAGUAUAAAUUCGAUGAUUCUCGCUGGCGAGGAUCUUAUGACAAACAAGUCUUUACAAGAGGUGCUUUAUAUGGUAUUAGUGGCUGGAAACUUUUUAAAUUCAGGCGGUUAUGCAGGAAAUGCUGCUGGUGUGAAAUUAUCAUCUCUUCAAAAAUUAACUGAAAUUCGUGCCAAUAAGCCUGGGAUGAAUCUUAUACAUUAUGUAGCAAUGCAAGCUGAACGGAAAAGAAAGGAUUUACUAAAUUUCGCUCGAGGAAUGAGUGCUCUUGAUUCAGCUACAAAAACAACGGUCGAGCAGUUGAUGAACGAAUUUAAUGCACUAGAUACAAGAAUAAAGAAAAUACGAAGCCAAAUACAGCUGCCCAGUACCGAACUCGAUAUUCAAAAUCAAAUGGCCCAAUUUCUACAGAUGGCCGAGCAAGAAAUGGCGCAGCUAAAAAGGGAUAUGGAGGAGCUUGACGGCGUUAAACGCACUCUUGCCGAGUUUUUUUGUGAGGACUUUAACACUUUCAAAAUUGAGGAAUGUUUUAAAAUCUUCCAUCAGUUUUGUCAGAAGUUUAAUCAAGCAGUGGCGGAGAAUGAAAGACGAAGAAUUCAAGAGGAACAGGUGCUUGCCAGACGAAAGCAAAGGGAGGACCAGCUACUAGCUAAAAAGCGCCUAUUGAACAAUCAAGCUGAAACUCCGAAUUCCGAAUCUGAUUGUUAUUUGAUGGAUUAUAACUCUUUGGAAAAUGGAAUGCCACAAAAAUCUUAUAGUCGCGAUACCAAGAUAAAAAGACUUCAGAACGGCAUCGUAACGUCAGAUGAAGACAUAUCAACUACAGGAUCGCCUAAUAUUCGUCGACGUUUAGGCUCUUGUUCGGGCGGUCCUGAUCAACUCUCUACCAAAGAAGAUACUUAUUCACCAGAUAUAACACCAAAUGGAACCUUACGUCGAAGACGGAGUCGCAUCCCAUGUGAAGAUGACGACGGUAACUUAAUGGACUUUUUACGUACAACUGGCCAGGAUAAUAUACGAGAGCGAAAGUCAUGGGGUAGUUUAGAUCGUUCCUGGGCAAAGCGAGCACGCGGACAACCACGGCGAGGAGAUUUAUUGAACGCCGAUUUCUCUGGUGAUCGUGAAAGGCCGAGUUCACCAUCUCCACUCAUCGAAAGCAAGUCUUUCUUACACGAAGAAGAAACGAAACCUACUGGGAAAGCUUGGAGACAAAAGAUUGAAGCUUGGCUGACGGAGAAUGAAAAAGAAGAGCGUGCGGGUGAAAAGCUUCAACGAAAAACUAGACAACGACAAGCUAACCGCCGAUCCUUCGAAGACUCAGAGAACGAAGGCAAAAUUUCACAGUUGAAUGCCUUUGCCGAGGACAAUAUAUCGAAUAGCGACAGAUACCAAAAAUACGAUUGGCGUCCAUCUGUCGAAAAAACCGAUGUUAUGCGAACAAUGGAAGCUAUCGAAGAAGCUCAACCAACAUCAUUACAAAAAGAUAAAUCUCCUUGGAGGAAGUCCAGCCUCAAUGUGCCAAGUAGUAUUGAGGAUAGUGAUGCUCGAUAUUCUCGUAGACUUCGAUCUAGACUCAAUCCAGACAAUAUUCUUGGAUCAAGUACUUUACAAGCAAUUCGUGAAGAAGAGCGUAAGAAAAACAAAGUAUCGGAACCGGUUGGUGUGGAUGGAGGCCUCGACGAGCUGACGAUUUACCUGCGUACACCGACUACAAAGCCUCAAACACCAACGUCGCGACGGUUAUCCCAAUUGAACAAACGCAGUCCCGAAGAUUCCGAAAGUAUAAGUGACAAAAUUGAAAUUGAUUCGGAUAAUAUCGAGACACCCCCGGCAACUAGGCGACUCUUUAGUCCGUCAAAAGAUAUCAAACUUAUCGACAAGGAUACUUCUAAGAGGGAUCGCGCGUCAUCGGUGACGCCGUCAACAGCCUCCACGACGACACCGACCACGACUAACUGCGAUGCUAAUAAUUCCUGCAUGGACCUUGGCAGCGGUAACUUCGACAGAUUCUCAGCCACCCGUCGCACGCGUCGUUACAAAAAAGGUCAGGAUCCUUCACUCGAUAAGGACGGCCUAAAACUUGAACUCCAGGUCGGACUUGAGAGUGGUUUGGAAGAUAUCAUUGGAACUUUGACCACCGGUCACACGAACACCGCGGCUCGUCGACCCAGCAGCCUUGCCCUGGCCGAUGAACAAAACGACGGCGAUGCAAUGCUCCGUAUUUGGCAGGACAAGCUUAAACGUCGGGAUGCUAAGCGCGCUGAUAUCGAGGCAGCCCUCGCAGAAAUCACCAAAAAUGGCGAGGAUCUGCAACAGCUCUCCGGGGCAAGUGCUCGAGGUUCGCGACUCCCUGUUACCCAACCGGCUCCCGUCCUUGCAGUUACUAAUACUGUACUCAGUCCCGUAAUGCAAGAAUCGCGACCUCGCGAGGCGGCUUGCAUUCACCCCGAGAGGGCUACACCUAGUCGUGAGAGACGUCGCAGUAUGAUCGACCCUAGCCAAGUCAAGGAAUCUCUUAGAUUGAUGAACGAGCCGGAACUCAUUAGCAACCCUACGGACGAGAUUCUGCCUAGUGACACUCUCAAAAUACUUGAUGCAGCGGUCGACAAUCCAUCGCGGAGCUUAAAAUCCGAGGAGAGCAGUAGAAACUACGAUCCUUUGGGUCAGCAAGUUCAAGGAAGGCAGAGCCUUGUAUUCAGCAAGGGCACUCCUCGCUACAUCCCAGAGCUAAGCAUGACGAACACUGGUAAAGCACGCGAAAUCGAGCUCAAUGACGAAGGCUUCGAGGAGACACAAAGUCUUGUUUCCGAGACAUUAAGCCAAGAAGCCUCCUCUGGUAAUUAUGAGACAGAUACACAUGACUCAACUCGCUGUUCACCAGCGGAGCUCAGGCGCACGGGAAGCGGUGCCAGGGGCGGCGGUAGUGGCCUUAAAGUUGGUUCGCCAAUUGCUGGCAGCACCAUGACUAAAUCUCUUCAGAGGCGCGACAGCUCCAAAAUCGUCAGUCACGAGAAGAACAUUGCUAAAAUCAAAAGCUUUGAUAGGCGAGACAGUAGGGAUAACUUUAGCGGCAGAAUGACCAAGGGUCAAGACGGCUCGAGUUUUUUGCCUAAACGUACGGCUAGUUUAAAGAGGGAGCCACUCACCAGGAAGAGUUUAGAGAGUACGAGGCGCUCGUCAUCGAACGCCGUCCCGAGGAACGAGGUCGAGCGCUCUGGUUCACGUAGUAGUUUGCGUAGCUCUCGCAGUUCCCUUAAUUCUGCAACAUCCGUAAAUACGGUGCGAAACAUCAGACCAAGUUCUGGUCACGCCCACCUCGGCAGAUAUACUUCGGCAAUUCGCGCCCUUACCAACGACCUGCGCAAGAACUCCACAGGCUCAAAUAGUGGUUCCGAGGAAAAAAGGCGACCUCUAACCCCGAGAAUAUCCACCACCAAAAUUCCUGCUAGUAGGAGCAGUAGUAGCGGUAGUAGCGUUGGACCGGCGGUUAGAAACAUCCGCAAAUCCAUAGGGACGGUGUCGGAGACUGCACGCACAAAUAGUAAUGGAUCGCGCAGUCGACCUGGGAUCGUAACAUCACGUAGCAGCAGCAGUGGUAGCAGCGUUGGACAACAACUCUUGGCCAAUGUAAGUAAAACCUUCGGACCGAAGUCCCGGAACGUUGGCGGUCCGAAAGUUGGCCAGUCGCAAAGCCUCGCUCCCAACGUCGCUACUAGGAGUCAGAGUUUCAUGCGACCAACAGCCGCGAGUGCCAACAAGGGCUCAAUACCCAAUCUUCCCAAAAGCAUGAAGACGCUCGUCAAAUAGUCAUUUUGGUUGGCCGUGUUUACUCCCGUAACACUUGGAAGUACAUGCAGUAAUUCUUCAACAUAUAAAUAGAGAGAAGGUUGGAUGGGAUCGGAAUUAAGAACGAA